AUGGAGGAUAUAGAAGUGGGCAAGAAGAAGGAGAAAGACCAAGAGAGCCAUGGAAAAGGAGAGUAUGUGAAGAGUGUUGUCUAUGCAGGACUUGAUGCCAUUGUCACUAGCUUUUCUCUCAUUUCUUUCAUCUCUGCCACUCAACAUUCAUCUGAUGGGAUAUCAAUGGGAUUGGGAAAUUAUAUGUCUAGUAGCACUGAGAAGGAUGUUGCUGCCAAAGAGAAGUCAGUGACAGAAUGGGAUGUCACUAACCAUAGCGACUCUCAGAGGCAGGAGUUGGUCCAAAAAUAUCAUCUACUUGGGAUGGACAUCAAUGAUGCAACCAUGUACAAAAACAUCCUAGUAGACGAGAAAAUGACUACAGAAAAAAGGUUGACACCACCAGAUGAAGAGGGAAGAAUGGUCUCAUUACCUUUUGACAUGGUGAAGUUCAUUGGUGCUUGUUUCAUGGCUCUAUUAGCCUUGGCAGUCCUUGGAAUAGCAAAGGCAAAGAUAACUAAACAAAAUCAUGUGUGGUCUGUGGCGAUCAGUGUUCGCAAUGGUGCCUUUGCUGCUGUUGCAGCUUAUGCUCUUGGCUGGACGCUGAGGAAUGUAGCUAAUCUAGAAGACUGA